AUGGCGCCAGCGGGCGCUCAGGGCGCGGGGCGGGCCCUCUGCGGCCCCGGAGUCCCCGGUACCCGCGGGAAUUUUAUUGUUACUGGCUUACAGGAUAUCGAUAAGUGCAGACAGCAACUUCAUGAUAUUACUGUCCCUUUAGAAGUUUUUGAAUACAUAGAUCAAGGUCGAAAUCCCCAACUCUAUACCAAAGAGUGCCUGGAGAGGGCUCUGGCUAAAAAUGAACAAGUUAAAGGCAAGAUUGACACAAUGAAGAAAUUUAAAAGCCUGUUGAUUCAAGAACUCUCUAAAGUAUUUCCUGAGGACAUGGCCAAGUACCGGAGCGUCCGGGGGGAAGACCAUCCUCCUUCCUAA